AUGUUGUUAAUUAGUUCAAAAGUAUUAACAAGUUCGCCAACGCCAACUGGAAGCAAUCGAAUUACUAACACUCCAACAACAAAUACGAGUUCAACAACAACACUUCUGACAAAAACGAAUCUUCUUACUUUUCAUCAUCUUCAACAUCAAUUUGAUGAUACAUCAACCAAUUCGGUAGGAAUAUUAUAUAUACAUUCAGACUGA